ACAAUCUUUUCUUUUAACUCCUGGCCAUAUUAUUACGCCCCAGUUAAACCUUUAAAACAGGUUUUACAUGUUUUUCAGGGUGUGAAAGAGGAUCAAGGAGACGGCCAAAUGGUGAAACUGUCCAAACAGAACGGAGUGAUGAAGACUGCAGAUGAAGAGGAGAGAAGGGAGAUGAUCACCCCGGCGCUGAGGGAAGCACUGACCAAGCAAGGUUAUAAGUUAAUUGGAAGUCACUCCGGAGUGAAGCUGUGCCGAUGGACCAAGUCUAUGUUACGAGGGAGAGGAGGUUGUUACAAACACACGUUUUACGGCAUCGAGUCGCAUCGCUGCAUGGAGACGACACCCAGCCUGGCCUGCGCAAACAAAUGCGUCUUCUGCUGGAGACACCACACCAACCCGGUUGGCACCGAGUGGCGCUGGAAAAUGGACCCGGCAGAGAAAAUCCUGCAGGACGCCCUGGAGAAGCACCAGAACAUGAUCCGACAGUUCAGAGGCGUCCCUGGAGUGAAGCCGGAGCGAUACGAGGAGGGUUUGGCCGCCAAGCACUGCGCCCUGUCCUUGGUGGGCGAGCCAAUCAUGUACCCAGAAAUCAACACCUUUCUUCGCCUCCUCCACUCUCAUCACAUCUCCAGUUUCCUGGUCACAAAUGCUCAGUUCCCAGAGGAAAUCAGGAACCUGGUGCCGGUGACUCAGCUGUACGUCAGUGUGGAUGCCAGCACCAAGGACAGCCUGAAGAAGAUUGAUCGGCCUCUUUUUAAGGACUUCUGGCCUCGUUUCCUCGACUGCCUCAGGGCUUUGGGAGAGAAAAAGCAGAGGACGGUUUACCGACUGACGCUGGUGAAAGCCUGGAACGUGGAGGAGCUGCAGGCCUACGCCGAGCUUAUUGCUCUGGGUCAGCCCGACUUCAUCGAGGUCAAGGGCGUGACGUACUGCGGGGAAAGCUCGGCCAGCAGUCUGACCAUGGCCAACGUUCCCUGGCACCAGGAAGUGGUCGCCUUCGUCCAGCAGCUGGCUGACAUGCUGCCUCACUACGACAUCGCCUGUGAGCAUGAGCACUCCAACUGUUUGCUCAUCGCACACGAUAAGUUCAAGGUGAACGGCGAGUGGUGGACUUGGAUCGACUACGACCGUUUCCAGGAUCUGGUCCAGGCUCACGAAGACAGCGGCGGACAGCAGAGCUUCUCGGCCUUGGACUACACCGCCAAGACCCCCAGCUGGGCUUUGUUUGGGUCAAACGAACAAGGGUUCGACCCGGCCGACACUCGCUUCCAGCGGCGCAACAAAACCAAAGAUAUCUCUGGAUGCUGAUUCUGAAGAUGACAAUGAAUUUAAAAAAACAGUAAAAAAUUUAUAUCAGCUUUAUUGUUCGGCUCUUCCCUCUUACCUGUUCUGUUUGGAUCUUUAAAUGUAUUUGCAUCGCAGCUGGAUGAACAGAAAAAUUACCUUUUUAUUGUUUCUUUUUUAAAUGGAUGUACAUAAACUGUUCAGCUGUUAAUCUUCUUGAUUUCUCGUUGUUAAACUGGAUUGUCCUUCUUCAGAAAUUGUUUUUUCCAGUUCCUCUUGCUCUUCCUUUCUGCUUGUACUUUUUUCUUAUUCCAAAUUUCUGUUUAAAAGUUUCAUCGCUUUUUUUUUUUUUCUUUCUCUUUCUUUCAUCUCAGGGUCAGGAUUUUUCAAAACAUCCCUCUGGUGUCAGAGUAUUUUAUUUCUCAGUCAACUGCUGUCAAAAUAUUUUGGCCACUUAAAAUAAAUGUGUUUGAAAUAAAAAUUUUAAAAAUGUUUAAAAUCUCAA